AUGCAUGUUGUGGACAGCAGCACCGGCACAGACCUAAGCAGCAAGUUCUCGUUCUGGCAUGCAUACCUGCUGGUAGCCGGAGUGUGGUGCUACGCUGGAGUGUUUGCAGUGGGGCCUUUGUCAGGAUGGGGGCGCUAUGGAGCAGAGCCUUACGGGACAGCCUGCUGCAUCGACUGGCACGCUCCCAGUGAGAAAUCCUCAGCCAUGAGCUACAUCGUGUGCCUGUUCUUCUUCUGCUACAUUGUGCCCUGUACCGUCAUCUUCCUCUCCUACAUGUUCAUUUUGAUGACGGUGAAAGGGUCCCGACAGGCAGUCCAGCAGCACAUGUCCCCCCAGAACAAGAUCACCAACGCACACGCACUCAUCAUUAAGCUCUCAGUGGCAGUGUGCAUCGGCUUCCUCACGGCUUGGAGUCCUUACGCUGUCGUGUCCAUGUGGGCCGCAUUCGGGAACCCAUCGAAAGUGCCUCCAAUGGCGUUCGCUCUGGCAGCUAUAUUUGCCAAGUCGUCCACCCUUUACAACCCCAUCGUCUAUCUCCUCUUCAAGCCCAACUUCCGGAAGUCGCUCUGCCGGGACGUGGCCCAGUGCAAGAGCAUGUUCUGUGGCUGUUUUUGUAGCCACGCCUCCCCUCAGAAGGGAACAUGCAGAGACGCUGAUUUCAAAGACGACUGCGACUCCACGCGGCUGUCGAACGGACUUCCGGAGAACCACGGGGCUUGUCGGCACUGUGCGUCUCCGGCGUCCGCCCACAGACUCGGGGGGCCGUGUGACGGGCACAGUCCUCAGCAGACUGCCAGGAUACUGACAGGAUCCGUGCACAGCGAGGUGGCCGUCAGUCAACUCUCCAAUGAGCUUCAAAGUGACUUCCUCUAG